GCUACUGCAGCAGGAUGGACUGAUCACGUGAAAAACAAGAUGACCAAAUAUUAUAGUGUUAGAACAUAUCGUUAUGGCCAUUCAGUGUGGUAUUGUUUUCCUUAGUGAUUACGGAUUUCUCUACCAAGCUGAACAUCAAUAGAGAUUUCUCCGUCACGUCAGCUGAACAUCAAUAGAGAUUUCUCCGUCACGUCAGCUGGACACCAAUAGAGAUUUCUCCGCUACAUCAGCUGAACAUCAAUAGAGAUAUCUCCGUCACGUCAGCUGAACAUCAAUAGAGAUCUCUCCGUCACGUAAGCUGAACAUCAAUAGAGAUUUCUCCGUCACGUCAGCUGGACAUCAAUAGAGAUUUCUCCGCUACAUCAGCUGAACAUCAAUAGAGAUAUCUCCGUCACGUCAGCUGAACAUCAAUAGAGAUCUCUCCGUCACGUAAGCUGAACAUCAAUAGAGAUUUCUCCGUCACGUCAGCUGGACAUCAAUAGAGAUAUCUCCGCUACAUCAGCUGAACAUCAAUAGAGAUAUCUCCGCUACAUCAGCUGAACAUCAAUAGAGAUCUAUCAGCCCCACCAGCUUAACAUCAGCUGAACGUCAGUGAAAAUCUCUCCGUCACGUCAGCUGGACAUCAAUAGAGAUCUCUCCGUCACGUCAGCUGGACAUCAAUAGAGAUUUCUCCGUCACGUCAGCUGAACAUCAAUAGAGAUAUCUCCGUCACGUCAGCUGGACAUCAAUAGAGAUAUCUCCGUCACGUCAGCUGUACAUCAAUAGAGAUCUCUCCGUCACGUCAGCUGUACAUCAAUAGAGAUCUAUCAGCCCCACCAGCUUAACCUCAUCGGAGAUCUCCCAGCCACACCGACUGAACAUCAGUAGAGAUCUUCCCAGCCACAACAAAAGAAUUUCAGUAGAGAUCACCAGCCUCACCUACUGAACAUCAGUAGACACACCUACAGAACAUCAAUAGACACACCUACUGAACAUCAAUAGAGAUAUCUCAGCCACAUCGACCAAACAUCAUUGGCAUAUCCUCGUUAUAUUACAAUACCAUAUGAACAAUAUAAAUAACACCUUUUAUCGGUUUCGAACUAACUGUGCAAGUUUGUCUAAGGGAGAUAAAUGAAGAUGGUGUACGUACAAUCAAUACUCUGUUGUAUUUUAGCUGUGAUUCUUUACGUGUCGGAAGCAGUCACACUUAGGCCUGGACGCCGUAUGUGUCCCGUUACAAAGCUGUUCAAUGAAAUCGUUCCAAUGAAGCAGACUUACAAGAGACCUGUAUUUCAUUCCAACUGCCGAAGUCUUGGUAUACCGUGUAAGGGGAAAAAGAUGAUUUACAAGACUGCCACAAGAACCGUGUUUUACCGGCGGAUGAUCCAUGACACCGUCCGGAUAUGCUGCCCUGGAUGGAAGCGUCAAAGUCGCCGCCGCCAUCUUGGCUGUAUGGAACCGAUUUGUACAGGAGGAUGUCAAAAUGGCGGAACAUGUGUUGGUCCGGAGCAGUGCGCAUGUCUGAAGCAGUUUACAGGAUCCUCUUGUGAACGAGAUGUAGACGAAUGUUUAAUGAAGACACACACCUGUCAACACCUGUGUAAAAAUACUUACGGCAACUACGAAUGUGCUUGUUACGAUGGGUUCCGGCUAACAGAAGGAAGAAACUGCGCAUUUUGCCCGCUGUGUAACCCGGUGUUUGAAGAAAUGAUGAACAAAGUAAAUGACCUCCAAACCAGGAUCGUUUUCGUUGAAAAGGAAAAGGAUGAUUUGCGGGGCAAUCUGACUUUGCUGGAGGGUCGAUACGAGCAAGCCAUCGACAUCGUGGCGGAAGUGAAACAGGCAACCAUCGGAACGCGCACGGCGCCACCUACAUCCAGUACAACUACCACGCCAACAACGACGACCUCAACGACAACGACCGCCGCUCCAACCACAACCCCUACCACCACCCCUACCUCCACCACUGACCCAUAUGGUCAGCCGUAUAAUGACGUCAGCUAUCUCAUUAACUCUCUCAGCGAGCAGAUAUCUCUACUGGAAGAACGAAUGGCGGAUUGUGAAUGUACUCAGGGUGGAGGAGGACGAGGACGAGGACGAGGCUAUGGUGGCGGAUACGGUUACAGACAGCGUGGCGGCAGAUAUUGAUGCAAGACCGAAAACCACGUGAUAAAACCAAACGAAGAAGAUGAUCAGUGUUGAAGAGUUGAUUGCAGAAUUGUGAAUUUUCCUAUCAACUACAUAUAGGGAUUCAUUAGCUCUCAUGCAAAAAAUGAAAACGUCGGUUUGCAAUUUCCGGUAAAUUGCUACAUGUACCAGCAAUCAUUAAAAUUAGACUCUACGAUAGACUGCAAUACAGUCAUUGUAUUGACGAGAUCGCAGAGUGUCGUAGAGAAGCGGAAAUUACAAGUCUAAUAUUAAUUAGAUAGUAAACCGUACAGUAUUCGUUAACUGUCUGUAUCGCACGCACGUUAUAUAGCGAUAUAUUGUGAUUCAUGAUCCUAGAAUUUUGUGUCCAACAAUUGAAUCUGGUCGUGUUAACACAUGUACCCAAAACUAUAAUAAAUAAAAAAC